AUGGCGGGACCUUCAAGUCACUUUCACUGUUGUGUCCCUCAAUGUUCAAGCGAUUCGCGCUACGAAGCAAAUAUCAGCUUCCACGCUUUCCCAAAGGCAGAAGAGCGGCGGGGGAAAUUGAUUUUAGCCAUCCGAAGAGAAGAGGGUCCGUUAUUCAAGAUAUCAAAAUCCACUGUCGUUUGUGGCAAACAUUUCAGACGGGAGGAGAAAAGGAAAACAAUCUGUAAAACUCUCUUGAGACCAGGUGUUGUGCCUUCUUUAUUUGCGUGGCACAACCCACCUCCACAACGGAAACCACCUAUGAGAAGGUCACGCCUGCAGUCCAGGAAAAUCUUGGCAGAUGUCCUUAUUGAUAGAGGAGCACAUCACAAGAAAGAAGAGGAAUGGUGUGAACUUAAUAACAAAAAUGUAGAACUUAAAGAAUAGAUUUUGAAAAGUCAGCCAAGUGCUUCUCACAUGCCAAGUGCAUCCCGUGUUCCAAGUGAAAUUUUAUUUCUUGCUGGAUGACCAAGAUCAAUGCUGAUCAUAGAUGAGAGUAUCAAGUUCCACAUCAUUCAUCACACCUCUUAGAACCAUGGAACAUAUGGAGGUGGUCGG